AUUUCGGUUUGAGAGUUCGGUUUACUCUUGAGUUAUUGGAGUGUGUUUUCGUCCCACAUCGAGAAGCCGAGCCGUGAGAGUCAUGUGAAGACUAGUAUAAAGCGUUGAAGGUGAAGGACGAGAAACAUUGCCUUAAACUAAUGAGUAAGGAAAACAAAGCGAACGGUGAGAGCCGGUCGCAGCGCUAAAUCGUAAAACAUUGAAAAUGGCGCAAGAAUUUAUGGAAGGGUAAAUAGGCUGGUGCGAGUGUUGACGCUGCUUACUUUUGCAGAACUCUCUUGUGCGGGCCUCCCCAUCCCCCAUUAAUAAUUAGUUCAAUUUUAAACCUUAAAUUAUAUAAUUUGCUGUUGAAUUAAAGAAUCAAAUGGUUUUUUUUUUAUUGCUCGCUGAAUCUCGAUUUUUUAAUUAUUCUCUCACUUUUUUUCGGUUAUCGGAAAUUUCGACAUAAACGCCAGCUUGAGUACGGAGCUUCACAUCGAGAAAGAUCAUUGUUAAUUUCUCAGUCUCUUCCUUUGUCCAAAACAUGGAAGAAGCCCAUUCAGUGAGUAGUCCGAGACGAGUUUUAAGCUUCUCGAAGAGAAAGAAGCAAAAGCCUGGUUUCCAGGAUACAGAUAGUAGAAGGUCAUCUCCAUUUCGAGCAUCAGAAGUGCAUGGACCCAAACCCUCAGAGGUUUAUGGUUUUGUAGGGUCGAUAUCGACUGUUGUUGCCACAGUGAUCUUCUUGAUUUGGGCAUAUGUACCAGAUAAGUUGUUGGAGUCUAUAGGAAUCCAUUACUACCCAAGUAGGUACUGGGUAUUGGCUAUGCCGACGUAUUUGAUGGUGACCCUGAUGUUAGCUUUGGCUUUUUACAUUGGUCUCAACUUCAUCGCCACUCCACCCCCAACCUCUCUCAAUACCUUGUUUGAUGAGUACAGUAGAGAACCUGGGGAACUUGAUGCUGGGAUGGAGGAAGGUGAAGACAGGCCUAUAGAUCCAAUCUCUGACAUUGAUAUUACAAGAAUCAAUGAUCUUAUGUUCAAUUCAAGUGAUGCCAAGUGAUAAAAUUUUCAAAUUCUCUAGAGAAAUCUGAGGAAUUGAUACAAGUGGGCUUUGAUGGGAACCAUAGACCUUAGAGCUGCUGCAGAUGAAAACUCGAUUGCGGAUCUCAG